AUGAAGCGGAGAGUACUUCGUGCGCACGCUAAUAAGCGCUGCCUGCGCAUCUUGUCCGCUUCACAUCUCAUUCAAACAUCUUCCUUGUCGUCCUCGGCGGCCAGCGGCGACCGCGGCUACGCUGUCUUGUGCGACGCGUCCUUCCUUCGAGCGAUUCUCCUGUCGUACUGGCAGGCCAACGCGCCUGCCAUAUGGCGUGAGGCUCGUCGCCGCAAGCUGCGUAAGGCCGCCGGCACUACCAGCCCAGGCGAGCCCACCCGCGCGGGGGUGCCGGCGGGGCUCCCAACGCCACUGGCAACGGACAAGAUCGGAGCGGCCACGGCGGCUAGCAUCGCACGGCUGCCGUUUGGUGACUUGCCGGCGCUCUCGCCUCACGCCUUCCUUGUGGCACUGCUGUGCGACGCUUUUCAGGGCGAGGGUGGAAGCCGGCCAGUAAGCGGCAACUCUGCAGCAGCUGCGGCGGCCGCAACGCCGCAUGUCGACUCCACCUCGGCUUCCAAGUUUCACUGCUACUGCUUACCGGAGACCGUGGCGACCCUCCACCGCAUGCGCAUUCACGUCCCAGCCUCGGCAACCUCCGCGACGGCCUUGGUGAACCCGUCUCUGCCAAACUCGAGUGUCGCCGACGCUUCGCUGACGAGAGUGCAGGAGAAGGGCGGCGCCCAUUCGACGCGGCAGAGACCAUCGACUCCUCUGCCGUCGACAAUGUCGCUGCGGUCGGAGCAGCGCCAUCGGAUGACCGAAACGGAAGCGUGGCUGUCUGCGUCGUUUGGCAACCUGGCAACGAUGGACGACGGCAACGGCGACGGCGGCGUCGGCGCGCGACGGCACGCUGGGCCGUCCCCCCCCUCCGCCGCCUUCCCGCUGACAUUUCAGGAGGUGCCGGCGGCGGUGGUGAACCGCCUGCUGAGCCGCAUCACGUUGAUUCAGUCCGAGGAGCAGCGGCAUCGUGAUGCUGCCGCCUUUGAGGGCCGUGACGCAAGUGGGCCGCCGGGGAUGGCCAACGGUGCCACGCUGCCCACGCGCAACGAAUGCAGGGCGAUUGCUGAGUUUAUGCUUGCUAACGAUACCCUCCUCGGUCGUCGCCCACGUGAGGGCGUCGACGCCUCUGCGUGUGGCCCGAGUGCUCUGCGACUGGUCUCGAUGCCGUUGUUUAGCGACCACCGUUUUGUCACGUACUCGCCACAGAGCGUCGCGGCAAAGCGCUGCCGCCGGCGCGGCAAGAGACGCACGGCUGCCGGCGGCGGCGCUGACGUGGGCGAAUUACCGAGUCUCGCUACGGCGGAUGCAGCGCCUUCAGGACCACACGAAGCGCAAGGGAACGGUGCCAGUGCGACCCCCUCCACCACAUCACACCCCUAUUCUCCUCGCACAUUCUUUGUGGCUACGCAGAGUCACGACGUGCGACGCCGUCUCGCGGCCGUGACACCACUGCUCCGAUUGACCACAAACCCAGAUGCGCUGUGGAUCGAACAGCAGGGGACGGCGUACCACUAUGGUGAGGAAGGCGCCGAAGCUCGACGACCACAUAUAGGCAUGAAAGGGAUGGGCAACUGCUCCCCAUCGGCAGUGGCGGCUGCAGCGUCUUCGCGGGGCGGCCGGGGAAGCAGUGAGCCCGGGCCGUCCCGGUCUGCGAGAUUCUCCCACACGCCCUCAUCCCCGCACGCGGCCACGGCGAUGACGACAGUGAUCGAAGCCGCGCCGCAGCUUUCACGAGCCGAUGUCGCCUUUAUGAAACACCUUGGCACCGCCGCUGAGGUGCCACUGCCCGUAAAGUCCUCUCAUCAUCCGCACCAGCAGGAGCAGCAGCAGCUGCAGCCGGGCGCGUCGCCUGCAUCGGACAACGGAGUGAGCAACAGGGCACCGGCAGACCGAAAGCGGCGACGCCAGAAGGGGCAGAAUCCGCUGUCUAUGAAGAAGAAGCAGAGGCGAGAGGUGUUCCGCGCCCACUGA